ACUGGAGGCAGCUGUGUGGGGUUACCUGAGGACAAUGUCUGGCUGUACUGGCUGAUUGCUUAGAGCAUUAAAAAAAAAAAAAAAUCCAGUUAAUGGGGGCACCUCCUAAACAAACCAGAUAUCCCUUUCACCAUGCAGUCCCUGUUGAGAAGAGUAUAAUUUUACAUUAACUACACUGGAUAAGUAAGAAUUUGUUAUGUUCUGACUUUAUCCAGGAAAUUCCCUUUUAACCCAAUUGUCCCUAUUAAGUGUGUCAGCUCUUCUUUCAAAAGCUCUGCUCUGCAAAGGCAAAUUAGUAUAUUAAUGUGGAAGCACGUAAUUUUAAGACAACGAAAAAUUGGGAAGCCCAUAUCCAUUUUUUCAGAAAGAGUUAUUUAUUACAAAAUAUUGCAACAAACUCUGCUUGCUUACAGUUAUUUACAAAAAUUAAAUUUCUUUUUGUUCAUAUUUACUUUUCUCUCUUAAACCUUAACAGCAGAAUUAUACUUGCCACUUCCAUUUUCUUUAAUGUACUUUAAUUUUGUUUAGAGUUGAUUUAAAGUUUCAUUUUCAGAUUCUCAUCUAAAUAUUGAAAAUCUAACCUGAAAGUACCUCCUAAGACUGAUCUACUCUUCUUUGCCCUCUUCUUAAAUUAUGCAUAACAUAAACUUGACCAUAGUCAGGUUUAAGUCUGAAUCGCUUUAUUUAUGGCAGUGUAAUUCAAAGCCUAAGGGAAAACAGUUAAUCUUAUGUACAAAUAGCACAUAUAGCUCUUUAGCUGAAGUUGAGUGUAUUUUCCUCACAAAUGAGCAUCGGGGAGCCAGGUCCCCUGCUGCCUUCUUGAAGCCUCAACCUUGAACUCUUGGCUACUUCAAAGCAUCCAGGAUGGGCCCUACCUGGGCUCUUGGAAGUUCUCUUGUUUCCAAGGCACUUGUGUAGGUAGGUAUAUUACCCAUGGGAUAUAUUAUUUAUGCACUGGUUUUAGAGCUGUCAGAGGAAAAUCAGUUUUAGGAAAGAAGGGAGCAGUCCUCUUGAAGUGGGGUUUUCCCCAUCCUAUUUUGGAUUUUGAGAGUGCUGUCUUUUGUGGAGGGCAUAGUCAGUGCCCCAGUAAAAUGGACCCUAGGUGUUGAGGGAGAAAAGUUAAAUAGUUUUUAACAUGAACUCAAAAUCAGUUUGGGCAUAUGGCACUGUAGGAGAGUGUGUAUAAUAUGUGUAUGUACAAUAUUCCUAAAGAUGAUUGAGUGGGUUCAGUAUGUUUCUAACUUACCUGCUUCUUAACAGUAGAUAUAGGAUAUGCAUAACAUAAAUGCAUUUUAUUAGGGGUUGUUUGAUGCCUCUGACAUAGUUUGUGCUCUGAACAUGUUGUUUUGAAAUGCUUAUUUGUAUGCAAGGAAUUGUUAACACAUUUUAUCAUACGAGCGUGUGGAUUUGUGGGAAUGCCAUGCUUUUCUACAAUAUCACUGCACCAUAUGAAAUGCACACAGUUCUUCUAAACGCAGUGAAACAUUUAUGAUGUGAUGUUAAACUUCAAUUUGGGGCCCAAAAGUUGUUUUCACUUAUGUAAGAAGUAGCCAGACCCAGGGUGAUUUUAACAGACGAUGCACUUCUAUCCUAAAAUGGAUUCAAAGGGAGUCUUUAUCAUACUGUUCAAUCCCAGGUGUAUAAUUUUUUUUCUUCUGCUCCCAAUAUGGGUGUUCCUGUUUUGUAUUUCAGAACCUAGAUUUUCAUUUAGCAAUUAAUGUGCGAUUCAAGUCACUCCUUCUGUAUUUUAUGAAUUUUUUCCAAAUAUAGUAUUUCUCUGCCUACUGUUGAUUGAGCAGAAUGGGACUUGCCUACACAAAAUUUCUUAGGAAAUACAAUUUGCACAUCCAGAUUUCUAACUACACCCACUCUCCCCAUUAUUGUAAGGUGUUAAUCUACUUGUACGAUGGUGCUUGCACAGAUGCAUACAUACAUACCCUCUUUAAAAAUAGGCUGUGUGCCUAAAUCCUUAUGGGAGAGCUAGGUCUGUAUGCUCACUGAAUAUUUAGCCCUUGUGGUUACUGCAACAGAGUUUUUGUGAAGACUCUUCCAUAUUUUUAGAAGGUGCUUUUAGUAAGCAGUUUAAUCCUAAGUAACAACUGAGGGUUUUUUUCAGCAAAUUUUAAUUUAAAACUAAUUUUAAAAUUACACAUAUCCUUUUUAACAGUACUUUGGAUUUGAGCAGUUCCUUUCCAGAAACCUACCCUGGAGAAAAUGUUUUUAAUCAGGUUAAAAUGGAGGCAAGAUAGAAAAAAAAAAUGUUUGCUGUGGCGUGACUGGAGCAGUGCUAAUGAGCUCUGCUCUAAUACAUGAAGGAACAUAUGGCCCCCAUCUGAAUACAAACUGGACACAAAGCAGUAAUUCAGCUGAGAUGUCCUGAAUAUUGUAAACUGGGUGAAUGUGGUUGAAGGUGUUUAUAAAUGGUGGCUGAAUCCCACACACUGACUCACUGCCUUCUAAUGUCCGGGGCUCAAGGUGCUGUUUGUAAGAGUAUAGAAAAUGACCAGUAGAGGGAAUUCUUAAUUAAUGCUAACAAAAUAGCAAACUGAAGUGUUAUGCUAUGAAGAAAAGACUUCUUGUGCUCAUGACGCAGCAAGAGACGGAUUAUGGAGAGGGCGAGUUAGGAGAAGAAAAAUCACAGGACAAGCAAAUUGAGUAUUUACUGGCAAAUAAUUGCUCUCUUAAGCUGUGGCUCUCUUCCUAAAUUCUUGGCAUUCCUGAGCACUAGAACCAUUUUCAAAAAAUGCAUCGUUACAGAGUAGAUGUAAAAAAACCUCUCAAAGGCUGAUGGUGCAGACUUGUGCAGAAUGUUGGAAUUUUUGGACUGUGCAUCUGUUUAGGCACGUGGAGAAAGACAAGACUGAGAUCAUCAGUGGUUGGCAGUUUUCCUCAACUUUGCGAGAGAGAGAGAGAUUGUGUUGGAAUGAAACCUUGCUCUGCGUACAGCCUGCUUGAGAUGCAGCAUUGAAAGAUCACUCACAAUCAGUUUGUGGCCUUUCUCUGGAGGAACCUUUCCUUGUCUCUUGUACACAGCCUCUCUCUGUUCCCUGCCCCAAUGAACGUCUGCACUAGGUCCAAGGCUUGGAGUAAUUUACCUGAAGAGUGAUACCAUUUGGAAACCACUGAAGAAACCCAAGACAGCUGAAAACCAGAAGGCGUCUGAGGAGAAUGAGAUUACUCAGACGGGUGCAUGCAGCGCCAAGCCAGGCCUUCCCUGCCUGAACCUUGAAGCUGUUCCUUCUCUGAGCCCAGCCCUCAUCCACUCUCCACAUUCACCAACAAACCUGCACGCACACACAGGGUCAUCUGAUUGUAACAUCAGUUGCAAGGGGAUGACAGAGCGCAUUCAUAGCAUCAACCUUCACAACUUCAGCAAUUCUGUGCUCGAGACCCUCAACGAGCAGCGCAACCGUGGCCACUUCUGUGACGUGACGGUCCGCAUCCACGGGAGCAUGCUGCGCGCCCACCGCUGCGUGCUGGCGGCUGGCAGCCCCUUCUUCCAGGACAAGCUGCUGCUGGGCUACAGCGACAUCGAGAUCCCCUCAGUGGUGUCAGUCCAGUCUGUGCAAAAGCUCAUUGACUUCAUGUACAGCGGGGUGCUGCGGGUCUCCCAGUCAGAGGCCCUCCAAAUCCUCACAGCCGCCAGCAUCCUGCAGAUCAAGACUGUGAUUGAUGAGUGCACAAGGAUUGUCUCACAAAAUGUGGGAGAUGUCUACCCAGUGAUUCAGGAUUCUGGCCAAGAGACACCCAGGGGAACACCUGAAUCAGGCACCUCGGGGCAGAGCACUGACACAGAGUCUGGCUACCUACAGAGCCAUUCACAGCACAGUGUGGACAGGAUCUAUUCAGCCCUCUAUGCCUGUUCCAUGCAAAAUGGCAGUGGGGAGCGCUCCUUUUACAGUGGAGCUGUUGUCAGCCACCAUGAGACAGCCCUGGGACUCCCCAGGGACCAUCACAUAGAAGACCCCAGCUGGAUUACCCGGAUCCAUGAACGGUCACAGCAGAUGGAGCGGUACCUCUCCACCACUCCAGAGACCACACACUGCCGGAAGCAGCCCCGCCCUGUCCGAAUCCAAACCCUGAUGGGCAACAUCCAUAUUAAACAGGAGAUGGAGGAUGACUAUGACUACUACGGCCAACAGAGGGUGCAGAUCCUUGAGCGCAACGAGUCUGAGGAAUGCACUGAGGACACUGACCAAGCAGAAGGCACUGAGAGCGAGCCCAAAGGGGAGAGUUUUGACUCAGGUGUCAGUUCCUCCAUUGGUACUGAGCCUGAUUCCAUGGAGCAGCAGUUUAUGGCUGGUCUGGGCCGGGAUGGGCAGCAAGAACCUACUCAAGCAGAUCAAAAUGAUGUCCCUGCUGAUGGCACUCAGCCGCAGCAGCAACAGCAACAUGUAGAUGCCAACUCUUCCUCACCAGAGAGAAGCAAUGACGUUGAAAUGGACAGCAAAGUGCUCACAGUCAAUAACAGCACCGAAAAGGGGGCUUUGCAGCCUUCUGUCAACACAUCUGUUGCCCAACCAUUGCCAACCACACAGAUCUACUUACGCCAGACAGAAACCCUCACCAGCAAUCUGAGAAUGCCACUGACUCUGACCAGCAACACUCAGGUCAUUGGCACAGCUGGCAACACCUACCUGCCUGCCCUUUUCACCACACAGUCUGCUGGCAGUGGCCCUAAGCCUUUUCUCUUCAGCCUGCCCCAGCCAUUAGCUGGCCAACAGACACAGUUUGUGACAGUGUCCCAGCCUGGCCUGUCAACCUUUACUGCCCAACUGCCAGCCCCACAGCCCUUGGCCCCGUCUGCGGGCCACAGCACAGCGGGUGGGCAAGGCGAAAAAAAGCCUUAUGAGUGCACUCUCUGUAACAAGACUUUCACCGCCAAACAGAACUACGUCAAGCACAUGUUUGUACACACAGGUGAGAAACCACACCAAUGCAGCAUCUGUUGGCGCUCCUUCUCUUUAAAGGAUUACCUAAUCAAACACAUGGUGACACACACUGGCGUGAGGGCCUACCAGUGCAGUAUCUGCAACAAGCGCUUCACCCAGAAGAGCUCCCUUAAUGUGCACAUGCGUCUCCACCGCGGGGAGAAGUCCUACGAGUGCUACAUCUGCAAGAAGAAGUUCUCCCACAAGACCCUGCUGGAGAGGCAUGUGGCUCUGCACAGUGCCACCAACGGCACGCCUGGAGCCACCGGCACCGGCGCGAGGGCUGUCCCUGCCGGCGUGGUGGCCUGCACGGAGGGGACCACGUACGUCUGCUCUGUCUGUCCAGCUAAGUUUGACCAAAUUGAGCAUUUCAACGACCACAUGAGGAUGCAUGUGUCAGAUGGAUAAGUAGAAUCUCUCUCUCUCUCCUUGUUAUGAACAACAAAAAUAGAAACAACAAAAAAAGCUAUGGCACUAGAAUUUAAGAAAUUAUUUUUGUUUCAUUUUUACCUUUAUUUUCCUCCUUUUUUUGGGUUCAUUUCGUUUUGUUGUUUUUUGUACUACAUGAAGAACUGUUUUUUGCCUGCUGGUACAUUACAUUUCCGGAGGCUGGGUGAAUAAUAAUUUUCCCAACCUCCCUUGGAUGGUGGCCUUAAGGCCAGGUAGUGCUUCAUGAGCUCCACUGGUUGGAUCUCUAGCUACUGGCCUCUAAAUACAACCCUUCUUUACUACAAAAAGCAAACAACAAAAAAAAAAAAAAAAAAAAAAAAACCACACAAAAAAAUUAUAAAAAACAGACAAAAAUAAUUUAAAAAAAUCUUUUUUCUCACUUGUGAAGAGCACUACAAAUAAAGAAACAAAACAAAAUAUAUUACAAAUCUACAAGGCCUACUGUCGUUAUAAGUACACCGCUUGCAGUGUUUCAAUGGACAUGAUUCACGUUGCUGACCGCUUUUGGACUUCACAGUAUCCAGUUAGAACUGUGGAAUAUUUUGCUUCUGGUUGAGCAGUAACCAGAGGAAACAAGGCCCUGCUGGUUUCCACCACGUAUCUGCUUUCGCACACACACACGCAUCCACAAACACACAGAAAGGGCUGAGGGGAAUGCGAGGCAGUGUGGCUUGGAUAGUGUGGAGUCCCUGCAGGGUGAGGAAAAAGAAUCAGAGGUUCCUCACCUGGAUUCUGCUCCAUCCCUCGCUGUCCAGCACACCCUCCCCGCUGCUUUUCUCGUACCACCACCACCUUAUAGCAGAAACCAAGAAGAUUCAGACAACAAGCAACGGUGGCUUUUUUGUAAUUUAUUCAGUGUCUUCGCUGAGCACAGGGCCUCAGCACAAUCAAGAGGGACUUUCACAGAAGGCAAGGAGAAACACAGAGGAAAAUCAAAGAUAUCAGAGGUUGCAACCUAUGGAUCUAGGUACAAGAGAAGGGUUAGUUCCCACAAUCUUUGCAAAAAAAAAAAAGUUGCAUCAGGAUUUAUUCUUGUGGAAGA